AUGGGGUGGUUUUCCUCAUCUACUUCCUCUACGGAGAAACCAGCUUCCCCAACUUCAGGAACCUCAGUUCUUCCUCCUACAUCUUCCACGCCCACGCCCACGCCCACCCCUCAAACGAAACCUCUUUCCCGCGACGAAAUCGCAGAUCAAGAAUUCAAUUCCUUCCUCCGCGAAAUCGAAGCCGAGAACCGCCUCGCCAGCACAAAGAGUAACCGCUCAUCCCGCGAUUCCCCAACAGAAUCCUCCCAUUAUCCCUCCGCCCAAACAUCUCCCCGAAAUGACCCCUCCGAGCCCCUCUCCACCCAAGUCCUUCCUACAACCAUGUCCUGCCGCACCGCUUUUGACGCUGCAUUCUAUUGCCAAUCCUUCGGCGGACAGUUCAAUAACUUAUAUCGAUAUGGUACUGCGCGAGAUUGUGGGGAGUCAUGGUCGGACUUCUGGUUUUGUAUGAAAACAAGAACAUAUGCCGACAAUGAGAAGGCUAAAGUGAUCAAGGCACGAUGGAUCGAGAAGGAGAAGAGAAGAUAUGGGGACCCAGAGGAUAAGAAUAAGGAACUGGGAAAGAGUAGUGAGGAUGUGUGGAAGGGGAGGGAUCAGAGGUUAGAAUGGGGAGAAGCAUUUUGCGUGGAAGAACCAAAAUGGACAGGGAGUGACGAUGAGUGGAGGAAGAUGGAAAAAGAACAUAGGGAAGCACAAAAAAGCGAUCUGUGA